AUAGAAUACCAUAAAAUUCCUAGCCUAUCUGGCCUUGCACGGUUCUUCAGUGUUCCAGGGAUCUGCAAUCUGUUGCUCUCCACUCACCCGACUCCAAAUCAACUCCGCAACCUCCCUGUGGCUCUCUUCCCAUCACCAAUCUCCGCCACAAUCCGCUCACAAGAACACGACGAAUUCGAGCAGGACAAUCUUUGGUUUCUGGAACCAACCAGUAAUCCAUCCUCCUCAUCGAUAUAUACUCCAUACACGUCCGGGCAAGCAGAAACCAAAACGGAAAAGCUCUCGGAUUUCCCCGUCCCCAUCUCGUUCUGUUCCCACUAGCCAUGGCUCAUCUGGUAUGGAUGCUGGGGGAGAACGGAGAGGAGAAGAGCUUCGAGAAUCCCAACGAGUUGCUGCCACUCUCCAGACUUGAAGAGAUCGGUGUGUUGUAUUGGCACUUGGAUCCUAAGAAGUCUGAAAGCGAAGAAGAGCUCACAAAAAUCCGCAGAGAAAGAGGAUACAGCUACUUUGAUCUUACUGAGAUAUGCCCUGAUAAAUUGGAAAAUUAUGAGGAGAAGCUGAAGAGCUUCUAUUGUGAGCACAUUCAUGCUGAUGAAGAGAUCCGGUACUGCUUGGAGGGUAGCGGUUACUUUGAUGUCCGUGACAAGGAUGACAAAUGGAUUCGGAUUUGGAUAAAAGAGGGAGACAUGAUCAUCCUGCCAGCUGGGAUUUAUCAUCGGUUCAUCGUCGACAGCAACAACUAUAUCAAGCUCAUGAGGCUCUUCAUUGGAGAACCAGUCUGGACCGCAUACAACCGGCCACAGGAAGACCAUCCUGUGAGGCAAGAGUAUGUCAAGAAUGUGAAGGGGGACACCGGAUUUGCUCUUGCCGCACAUUGAGUUUGCUGAAUUGGGGGCUCACUAUACAACUGUCCUAUACAUCACACUACUCAUGAAAUCAUGAACCCAUGCUGUUUUUAUCAUGAAUCAUGAAAACACAUAUGCAGUACACUUGAAAACUAUCAUAUGUAGUACUACUAUCCGGCUAUCCUACAAAAAUUUUAGUACUACUUGAAACAUUGCAGUAUACACAGUGACUGGUCCUGUACUCUUGUGCAAUGUACUACACCAAAAAUUGUCUAUAACAAGUCGGUUGGAUACCCUAAUGAAAAUAUUGCUCUGUAUUCCAUUUGGAAA